CUCAAUUACUGUUCUUUUUCUUACCCCUGAAACCCACGAUGAAUUCCGGAUAAGGACUUCCCGAGCUUGUGCGCAUGGAUAUGACAACAUUGUGCAUCAACCUGGAAGCUCUAAUAGUCCGCGUUUGUACAACUUCUUCAAAACUCUUUAAUUACGAAGAAACAUAGUCAGAGCUUACAUAUACCUACUCAUAAUGACAGAACCUACACCAACUAGCACAAAUCUAUCAAGCAAUAUUAGCCUCCGCGCCCCGUCCAAGUACCUCGCAGACCCGUCCAAGCCAUCAACUACCACUGGCGACCCAUUCGUCUCCCCGCCGCUCGAAUGGCUCUGGCGCACCUGGGCCGUCACGCACUCGACGUUGUCGAUGUGGCGCUCAGCUCGGAACGUGCGCAUAACCUACAAACCGUAUAAACCCGAGUCUAAGCCCGUUGCAAACGACAACCUAGUCGAAUAUGAGAAGAGCAAUGGUAAGGGAGGCGUGAAGCGUGUCGUAGGCAUCGAGAAGCCUGACUCGACCAUCCCUGGCGCCUGGACCUGGCGGGGCAAGGGCUUGCUCGUUAUAGCUAGCAGCCAUUGGGAGAUUUUAGGCUGGGGCGAGCGCCCACUAGUCGGUGGUGCAGAUGAUACGGGAGAAGCCAUUGAGCGCUGGGCUGUGACCUGGUUCGCACCGACUUUCUUCACGCAGGAGGGCGUGGAUAUUUACAGUGACCGAAAGGAGGGCCUAAGCAAAGAGACAGUGGAAGAUAUCAUCAAGGCGUUAAAGGAACUCAACGAUGCGCCAAAGGUUAUCGAGCUGGUCGAGAAACACAUGCAGGAGGUUGAAAUUAGUUUACCGUGGAAAGAUAGAAAUAAAUAAUCAGCUAAAGUAUAAAGGUUGGAAGUCUAGAUGGUGGUUUGUGGGUUGUAUAUUAUUGAUGAUACCCAUGGAAUAGGACGUGUUAGGACGAGGUGGAGUACGAU